AUGGGCUGGGCCAACCAGUGGCUCUCCCAAACACAGCUACCAUCGCACCCCAGAUGCAGCCCGCUCGGACUCUCGCUCCCCAAUAUUCAAGGAGUAAGUGUACUCUCAGUCAGCGCCCAUGAGCGUCGGAAUUACACCUAUGCCCCCGAUCCAUUCCCAGGGCUGCCACCUACCGACCCUAUUCCUGGCCUCAACUUUUGCAACGUCUCCGUCACUUACACGCACCCUGGCUGGGGUGAUACGAUCCACGUCAACACAUUGCUGCCCCUUGACAAUUGGAACUCCAGGUUUCUGGGGAUUGGAGGAGGGGGCUUCGUCACCGGAGGCAUCUUUUCUGAGUACAUGAUGCUGCCUUUCAUGUCAUCCGGGUUUGUCGUGUCUACCACCGAUGGCGGGCACUCUUCCGACGUUGCUGAGACUGGCUCUUACAACAGUUCUUGGGCCUUGACUAGCCCUGGAACUGUGAACUGGCCUUUGCUGGUGGACUUUGCCUCACUUGCACUGCACGAUACCGCGACUAUUGGAAAGGCUGUCACGGAGGCGUUCUAUGGAGCGCCUCCCGCGUAUUCGUACUUCCACGGAGGAUCUACCGGUGGAAGGCAGGGGCACAUGCUUGCCCAACGAUAUCCAAAGGACUAUGACGGCAUCGUGGCGCUGUACCCUGCCAUAAACUGGGCCAAGUUUCUAUGGGCAAACAUCUGGCCCAAAUUCCUCAUGGACCAGAUGCAAAUUUAUCCACGGUCUUGCGAAUUCGAAGCCAUCACGGCUGCUGCUUUGUCUGCGUGCGACAAGUUGGACGGCCUAGUGGAUGGUAUCAUAUCCAAACCAGGGCUCUGCGACUUUGAUCCCCACACCGUUGUUGGAAGCAAGGUGGAUUGCGACGGCGUUGAGACCGCCAUUUCGCCUGCGGCUGCCGAGUUGGUCGCCGCAACAUGGGAUGGGCCUCGGAGCUCUAAAGGAGAGUUCCAGUGGUAUGGAUUCAGCAAGGGCACCAUCAUGACUCGACCAGGCAUCGGUCCACUUCUUACUCAGUGUGCCCAAGAUGGCGGCUGCACAGGGGCUGGCUUCCCCAUCUCCGACGUCUGGGCUCGAUACUGGGUCGUGAAGGACCCUGCCUUUGAUAUGAGUAAAAUCGCUCAUGAAGAAUGGGACGAGCUUAUACACGCCUCGAUUAAUGAGUAUGAGUCCGUCAUCGGCACGUCUGAUCCGGACCUGUCCGCCUUCAAGAGGAACGGCGGCAAGAUGGUCAACUGGCACGGGAUGGUGGACCCGGCUAUUCCCGUCAACGGAAGCACCGACUACUAUGACCGCGUCUUGAGGCAUGAUUCCGAGGCCCAGAAUUAUUACCGACUGUUCUUGGCGCCAGGGGCUGGUCACUGCUUCGGCUGCGGGCCAACACCGCCCAUGUCAGUGGACUUCAUGGUCGACUGGGUGGAGAGGGGAAUAGAACCUACGUCUCUGCGGGCUGUCGGUGCUGACGGGCAUGGUAACAUGGUGGAGAGGAAUAUCUGCAUGUACCCACAGGUUCAGCAUUAUGUGGGCGGGGACCCAACAGUCCCCUCGUCAUUUGUUUGUGUAUAG